AUGUCCAGAGCCUUCAGCAUCUCAGGGAGUCACCCGAGCCCACCAAGCCCUAAAGGUUUCGACCACAGGUGUGCACUAGUGGGUUCUUUGGUGGCCACAACAAACCAGAGCCAACAAUGCAAACUAAUCCCAGGGUCCAUGUCCCUAACUGUGCUGGAGAAGAAGGGGGACAUCAUGUUGGGUGGACUCUUCUCCCUUCAUGACAUGGUGGUGGAGCCCAGACUGUCCUUCACCUCUAUGCCUCCUCCUGCACAGUGCACCAGAUUUAACUUCCGGACGUUCCGUUGGAUGCAAACUAUGAUUUUUGCCAUCGAGGAGAUCAACAGAGAUGGCAAACUCCUUCCCAACAUCACACUGGGCUAUAAGAUCUAUGAUUCAUGCAGCACACCCCAUCAGGCUCUGAAGGCUGCGACGGAAUUAGUGGGGAGUGAGAAGGGUUCAGUUAUUGAAGGAGAGACACAGGAGGGUAAAGGCACCUGUCGUGGGACCGUACCAGCAGUGAUAGGAGACGGAGGUUCAACUCAGUCUCUCGUCGUGGCCCGUUUCCUGGGAGUCUUCCAUGUGCCGCAAGUUAGUUAUUUCUCUAGCUGUGCCUGUCUCAGUGACAAAAAGGAGUUUCCUGCCUUUUUAAGGACCAUGCCCAGUGACUUCUUCCAGGUAGAUGCAUUACUACAACUUGUAAAGCAUUUUGGCUGGACUUGGGUGGGUGUGAUUGCAGGGGAUGAUGCUUAUGGCCGCAGCGGGGCAAACAUCUUUGCCAAUGAGGUAAGAAAGUUAGGUGCUUGUAUUGCCCUUCAUGAGGUCAUCCCAAAGAACCGAGCACAGAGCACCAUCUCAUCCAUCGUUUCCAAGAUCCGCUCCUCUGGGGCUCGGGUGAUUCUCGUGUUUGCUGUGGAACAAGAUGCAGCCGCAUUGUUUGAUGAAGCUCACAGAAAGGGGCUCACUGGGAUCCAGUGGCUGGCCAGUGAGGCUUGGAGCACUGCCGCCGUCCUCUCCACCCCCAAAAAGCACCACUACAUCCUCCAGGGCUCUAUGGGAUUUGCUAUUCGGCGAGCACACAUCCCUGGAUUGCAAGACUUCCUGCUUCGCUUGCAUCCCUCGAGCCCAGACGCCCUUGCAGAUCCCUUCCUGAUACCCUUCUGGGAAGAGGUGUUUCAGUGCAGCCUGGGUGGGCAGGCUGAAGGUCAGGAACAUAAUGUCGAGGGUAAACCUCAAUGCUCCGGAGCAGAAGAGCUGGGGAGUGUGACGAAUAUCUAUUCAGAUGUGUCACAGCUUAGGAUUUCCUACAAUGUCUAUAAGGCUGUGUAUGCCAUUGUCCAUGCACUCAAGGCUAUGAGAAGCUGUGAGAAAGGAAAAGGGCCAUUUCCUCUGCAGGCCUGUCCAGAUGUAAUCAAUAUACAGCCAUGGCAGCUACUUCAUUAUAUAAAACAUGUGGAAUACUUGAACUCCUUUGGUGAUGAAACCAAGUUUGAUGAGAAUGGCGACCCUGCAGCCAUGUAUGACCUGGUGAACUGGCAGCUGAGACUAAAUGGAGAAAUGGAGUUUGUCACUAUCGGCAAAUUUGACGAGACGGCCACAGUUGGAAAGCAAAAACUCCAGAUCCAGGAGCAUAUAAUUGUGUGGAAUGGCAACCAAACCAAAAUUCCCUUGUCAGUAUGCAGCAGCAUUUGUCCCCCAGGUACCCGGAAGGCAAUCAGACCUAACUUCCCUAUCUGCUGCCAUGAUUGUGUGGUUUGCACAGCUGGGGAGAUUAGCAAUCAGACUGAUGCCAUAGAGUGUGUGCGCUGCCUGCCAGAGUUCUGGUCCAAUGCUGACAGGACGGCCUGCAUCCCAAAACAGGUGGAGUUCCUCUCCUUUAGCGGCACCAUGGGCAUCACCCUGACGGCCAUUUCCCUCAUUGGAUCCUUCUGCACCUGCGCUGUGGCGUUCAUAUUGUCCUAUCACAGAGCCACCCCAAUUGUCAAGGCCAACAACUCUGAGCUGAGCUUCCUGCUGCUCUUCUCCUUGACUCUGUGUUUUCUGUGUUCUCUGACCUUCAUCGGCCGGCCCUCUGAGUGGUCCUGCAUGCUGCGACACACAGCAUUCGGCAUCACCUUUGUCCUCUGCAUCUCAUGUCUUCUCGGGAAAACGAUAGUGGUGCUGAUGGCCUUCAAAGCUACACUUCCAGGCAGUAAUGUGAUGAAAUGGUUUGGGCCUGUACAGCAAAAGGCAAUCAUUACCUUGUGUACACUGGUCCAGGUAAUAAUUUGUACAGUGUGGCUGGUUGUCGCUCCCCCCACUCCGCGCCAACUGAUGCCACGCAAGAGCGUCAUUGUCAUUCUCUUGUGCGACCAAGGUUCACCCGUAGCAUUCUCUCUCGUCCUGGGUUACAUCGGCCUGCUGGCCUGCCUCUGCCUCCUCCUGGCCUUCCUGGCAAGGAAACUCCCAGACAACUUCAACGAGGCCAGACUCAUCACCUUCAGCAUGCUCAUUUUCUGCGCCGUGUGGAUCGCCUUCGUUCCCGCCUACAUCAGCUCUCCGGGGAAGUACUCCACGGCCACGGAGGUGUUUGCAAUCUUGGCCUCCAGUUAUGGACUGCUGGGCUGCAUCUUUGCACCAAAGUGUUACAUAAUCCUUCUACGGCCAGAAAAGAACACAUGGAAACAUCUGAUGUCGAAAGCUGCCACUGACAAAUUUUAGGAGAUCAUGGACUUUUACUGAUUUUUUCCAGAUGACUACAAUACAUAUACACUAUGAUACUUCAAAAUGUGUGAUUUUGUGGGGAAAAAAAGGAGUGGUGGCAGAGACAAAGUCUGUAAGCCUGCUGUCCUUGAACAUUAACAAUUACUUCUUACCACUAGAUGGUAGGAGUGUUCUGUUAUUGCUGCCUUCUGUCAUUCAUCAUGGCCCAUCACACACCUUUAUCCUAACAAAUAACUUUCCCUAAUGUCUUUUGUAAAUUUCCCUGUGUACCAUUUUCUCUCCUAUAAUGUAAAUUCUUACCAAAAAUCUACUUUAACUUUAUUAAUUCAUUUGUCAGUGGUGUAGGAAUAAAAAUAGGCAGUAUAUUAAGAUCGGAUAUCUGGCCGAUACUGACUCGGAUUCCUGAUGUUGCCUUAGACAGUGAGGAUCGGUACUCGGUAUCGGAUGAUACCCAAAGUCCAGGUAUCGCUAUCAGUAUCGGGACUGAAAGAGUCGGAUCAGUGCAUCCCUAUUUAAGACUUACAAAAAACAUGAAUAAACAUACUCCUCUCGGAUCAAAUUGUUAUAUUUUUCCAGCCAUAUGAUACUCCAUUGACGUUGUCCAUAGAAAUGUGAAGGACAACUCAUGAAUGGGAUUUGGCAGCAGUGUCCGUGCUGAUCUGACCUGAGAUAGAAUGAUGAGGCCCGGGGUCUCUGAGGUAUGCUCUGUGGAAAUCCCAGCUGUCAUUGGUUAAUUAAACCCUCAUACUCCAGAGGCCUUUACAUAUAAACAUCACGCCUGGCUGUUCCCUGCAAUAACAAACUAAAACGUCAGACAUUUUUCCGUCUCUCCACAGCUGCUCUCGGGCUAGCAUUGAUUAUCCACCACUGAUUGAUCUGUUGUUCCUCCCCAAGGCAGAGGAAUAAAUUGGAAGAUGGAGAGACAUCGUGUCUCUGACGUCCAUCAGGGGCAGAGAGGAGGAGAAGGUGUUGGUGGGGGGCAGAUGGACACCAGUGUUUUAUUGACUCUGUAUUACUCGAUUUACAUUUAUUUCCAACAUUCACUCUUCUUAUCCCUUGCAUUUUUAACUCUUUCCUGUACUCUUCUGCAUCAUGCAUUUCAAUGGCUAUAUAAGACAGCAGUGCUUUAUCCUCAUAGUGGACUGUCUGUCUUUGUUACCAGCCAAGACAGCAUGUGGCUGGUAUUGUUUUCACCUUGGGAGUCUGUGUGUGUCCUUACGCCCCUGGUCCCAUCGCAAGAUUUCAAAGAGUAAUCCUUCAGAUCGUAGCACUAUUUUCUUGAUUUAAUUAAGGAAACCAGAAUAGAUCAUCUCCAUCUGAGGGUUAGAUCAUUUGAAGGA